AUGCCAUCUCAGUGUCAAAGAGUCACUCGCAGCCAGACCGGCAUGCGCAGAAGUCUAGGCACGCCCCCAGGAUUUGUCUCGUCUACCUCUCACCACGAGAAUUCACAUACCGGUCGCGAAGUUGCAGAUUCAACCAAUCAUAUCCAGCGAUUACCUGCCGAGAUCUUGUAUACUGUCCUCAAGCUAGUCAUAGAUCGCGCGGCAGUUGGGGCAUGGAUCCAUCAUAAAGCUCAGUACGACAGCCUCGUGCUGGCCUGCAGAGACUGGGCAGUCAUUGCAUCGAAUAUCUGGUGGAAGACUCGGGCAUAUAUUAUCACUGAGGCUGAACCUCCGCUUGCAUCCCUCGCAAGACUACCUCUCGAGCGCCAACAAUGGUAUGCCAACAAGAUUCAGCAUCUUGAUCUGAAUGGAACCAACGCUGCUGAUUUUAUCGUUGCACUCAAACUCAGCUUCCCAUUACUAAGGACUCUGGACAUAGUAGAGUGGUCGCAUCACGAAGUUGGUUUCGUCUGCCUGGCCUCUCAGUUCAUACGACAAAGUCUGCUUGAACUGAAACUCUUGCGUACAUGUCGGGUGGACGAUGUUCUGACGGCGCUGCUUGACGCCCCCAACCUUCGUACGCUCGAAUUGUGUUGCAAAAUGCCGCUUGCGACGUCAGACAAACUCCUGAAUGCUAUGAGAACAUGCUUACAGCUUCGAAUUCUGGCGCUUGACUGGACCAUCGAGCCGAUCAUCACCAAGGAUGUUCUUGCUGCAAUCGCCUCUCUGCCGUAUCUGACAAAUCUUCGUCUACCUUGUUAUGAACUUACGUCCGAGGUCAGCAAUAUCACUCGCCUGGAUCUGGGAAUGUUCCAUUCGACGGCGGUCAACUUGCUCGGCGGGAUCUCCACGCUGAGAUCCUUAUCGCUUGGUAUCAUUGGUGAUGCGCCUGUCUUGCAUGUCCUGGCUACUAUUUGUAGCCUCCAAGACCUUACGUUGCGCUUUCGUGAUUCAGUGGCCAUCGGAUACCCAGAAUGGGAACGCUUGACGACAUUGAAAGAUCUACGCAGCAUUGGCAUCUCUUCGUGGGAUGAUUCUGGAUUUUCGCAGGUCGAUCUAUCAUCGAUUAUGAAAGAUGAGUUCGUGUUAUUCUUCCGAGCACUGCCACAACUGAGCAGUCUUUGGAUCAACGCCGCGAUCUCGAAUACUGCUCAAUUAUAUAUUCAAGCUGGGGAGAUCUGCAAGAGCCUCAAAUCACUUGGUCUCCGUGGGCAAUUCGAUAGCACGAUGUUGCUCGAAUGCCACACAUGUGAUAAUCCUUUGUACCCAACUCUAGAAUCACUUUGGGUACAUCAAUUCAUCGAGCCACAGGACAAACACAUACGAGAGGCGAUGCUGACCGUCUUGCUUUAUAGAGACGAACGAGUUCGUAGUGCAGCACUCUUACUUCGCAAAGCUGCGCCCAAGCUUUGGGUUCUGCACGGUGGAACGCAGACAGAUCGACGGCUCGACGACAAUGGUCCUUUUGCGAUUGACAGGGACGAUUUCACGGCUUGGGUCGAGUCGAGCCACAGGUCGAUACGAGAGGAAGAAAGAAGGAAGUAUCUGGAUGAGAAGUACGGCAAGAACAGGCGUAGUGGGAUGCCGAUUGGUACAUAUGUCUAG